UUUUGUUACAAUUUCCCUCAUUAGCGGCACAUUUCUCAAAAUCAGAAUGCAUCGUCUGAAUGAUCAAUUACGACGAUUAGCUUUUGGUUGUCGAAUGCGUAAUGGUCAAUAUAUUUGGACAAAAAAAUCACUUGAACCAAUGUCAGAUCGAGCAAUACAUUUUUUGGAUUGGAUUUAUCGCCAGCAUGGUUAUGCUUGUGUGGAUAAACUAUAUUCUUAUCAGGAAUUAUGGAGUAACGCUUUAUUUGGCUAUUUAAUCAUAAGCGUACCAUUCAAUGUCAUAGCUGUAUCCGGUUUAAUGGUCGAGCAAUUGACCUGGGGAGAAACUAUGGUCCAGUAUAUGAUUAUUGGUACGCAUGCCAUAAUGACGAUUGUGUCACUGAUGCAGUUAUCAAAGCAAGCAACAAUUUUGCAUCAAGCAAAAUUAUAUUUUGUACCUAUCAUACAAUCAACAGCGGUAAUUUACAAAUCACCAGACAAUAUUGUUUGUAUGUCAACGAAAACAUUACGACUAAAAUUGAAAUAUGAUGAUCUAUUUAGUCGACUAACAAACGGACGAAAAUAUGGUCCAUAUGCAGCAACUAUCGGGGUUAUAACUCAUAUGUUUAUUUUCAAUCUUGCUCUCUCUUAUAUCGGUAUGUUUAUCUUUGUGUUUUCUCGUAUGGAUAUAUUCAUAGUUAAUACAUAGAGACAAUUCACUGCUAAGAAUAUAUUGCCUUAAG